GGUCUGCAGAUUUUUCCAGUCGCAUUCCGCGGCCAUGUCGCGCCUAAGCUCCUGGUGGGCGUCGUCCACUUCUUCUCGGCGGCAUGGAACCAUCACGGUUCGGGAGCUGACAGCUGGGAAGGAUGUGGACAAGGUGGGUUUCUGCGUGCCCUCCUUGCCCCCAGCGCCUGUGGUGAUCAAGAAGGUCUCCCCCGGCACCUGGGCUGCGGACCAAGAGCUCCGCACAGGGGACGUGCUCAUCGAGCUGAACGACUUCCAGACCAGUGAGAUGUCGACUCAGCAAUUCUUGAGCACCAUGGAUACGCGGCCGCUGCGCUUCAAGUUCAUCGUGAACCCGCUGAAGUCUGCUAUCGCUGAACGCGAAGUCACGCCGGACGGCAGCGAAGCAUCUGCUUCGGAAGGCUCCUGCGACGAGGCGGAGCCAACCUCUACGUCCUUUCCGCGGGGGAGUGUGUCGGACUGGUACGCGGAGGAGCCCGCCGGGGCUGGCGAAGCCCGUAAGGCGAGCUUGACCAACUGGUACUUGGACGGCGAGAAGCUGCCUGACACUGGCAGCCGCCUGACGACGAUGCACCGCCUAUCCUUCACUGUGGAGACAGGAGGCGACUCGGAGCUGGGCGGGUCCUUGCAGACGGCCGUGGAGACGGAGGACUUAGAUGCGCUGCUCAAGCUCAUUGUGGAAGCGCAGGCACAAGGCAUCAUGGCUGACCAGCUGGAUGCAGCCAGAGCCAAGGCCUCCCAGCUCCAAGACCAGUUGCUGCAGGGCGGCUCCCAGGGCGACUUCUGAGCGGAAGCCUCCGAGCCAGACCUAGGUCCCCCACCUAGCCCUACCAACAAAAGCCAGGCACGAAGCCCAAUCGCAUGGAGUUUUGUCUGAGUCUGACUAGGUUCCCCAGGGUCUAGGUUCCCCAGUAGUGCC